AUGGAGCAGACGGAGCUUCUGUGGGCUUUGCUAGAUGCUGGCCUUAAAGGCAAUGGACUGGAAUGGAUCGACGGCAUAAAGAAGCUCAAUCUACAUUCUGUGGAUUGGAGCAAGCGACAUGUUGCGGAUGGGUACACCGUCCUGGUCCAAUGCGUGAACAUAUUGCUGAGAGAUCCCAGUGUUGAGCGCGCACUUUUUCCCAUCAUUCAGAAGCUCAUUGGUCAUGGGGCAAGUGUCUCGCAAAAGUGCGCAACAGGAGAAUGGGGCUUUUCAACAGACGGGGUAACAGACAAAAUUACUUAG